GGAUGUAAGGUGCAGAUCGUUGUUGUCGUCGUUGUUAUUGUUGUUGUAAUUCAUCAUUGGUGGUAGAAGUAUAAACUGCGACCUGCAUAUAGCACACCAUAACAAUUUUUUAAAUUUUUGAGAGGGAUCAAUUUUAAAGACCAGUAAAAUUAAGUUAUUUGUAAUCGGGAUUUGACAAGAUUUAAGGAAAGGUCAAAGAGAUGAUUCGUUCCGUAAGGUAUAUAACACCAUUGGGUAGAGCUAUAAUAAGGUCAGAUAGUAUACUGUCUGUUCAAAGAUGUCAAAGUUUGGUGCCGUUAGUUAUACGCCAUAACAAUUACUCAACAUCAAUUACUACAACUUCAUCUCGUAGUGAUACAACCAAAUCAUUAAAGGCAUCAGCAUUUGCAUUACCUAAAGAUCCUAUACCAUUGAAGAACGUACAACUGCAAGAGGUUCCUCAAGAGGAUAUUGAUGAUUUCAGAAGAACCAAAUUGAUUUAUGGUAAGACUGAUUUAUCGAUUGCUAUAACGAAAAGAGCUAGUAAGAAAUUAAAUCAUAUUGCUCAAAGUGAUAAUAAUCCUAAUUCAAUAUUGAAAAUCAGUGUUGAAAGUGGUGGAUGUCAUGGAUUCCAAUAUAAUUUGAAAUUAACUGAUUUAAACAAGGAAUUAGAAGAAAUUAAACAAGAUGAUGAUAUUGAUGACGAUGAUAUAUUGGUAUUUAAACGAUUUGAUGAAGUUGAUAAAGAUGAAAUUGCACAAAUUUUAUUAGAUCAAAGUUCAUUGGAAAUCUUACAAGAUUCUAAACUUGAUUAUACGAAAGAAUUAAUCGGUAGUCAGUUUAAGAUUGUUGAUUCUCCUUAUACUUCUACUGCUUGUGGAUGUGGAGCUUCAUUUGAUUUUGAUUUUGAAAAAUUAGAAAAGAAGAAACAAGAAAAGAAAUCACAACAACAACAACAAAUUUAAGAUAUAGUUGGCAGACUAUUAAUGAAGGUUAUGAUAGAUAGGAUAUGUACAAAGUUAAAAUUCUUUAAAUAAGUCAUUAAUUAAAUUAUAAUAUAUAAUAUAAAAAGAAAGAAAGAAGGAUAAAAAGGAAAUGAGUAAAACAACAACAAAUGAAAAAGCUAACAAAUAAAAAAAAGGAACAAUAGCAAA